UGAAAUGGAAGAGGAUCAGAAGAGAAAAUUCCAGAAAUUCGAAGACGAAGAGUUCAACAUAUUCGACCAGAAACAGCCUGACUCUAUAAGUGGCACUGUUGAAUAUGAAGCAGAGGACAACCUAACUCCAAUGAGAGGUGGGAAGAGCAGUAAGCAACAUGAGUUUGAGAAAAGGAUCUCUAAAGUCUCUAAAAACACUAAGAACACUAAAAAUACUAAGAAUAGUAAAUAAAAGUAGAGUUUUUCAACCAAAUCAGGAUGGUGAGGAACGGAUCAUUGAUAAAGCAAAUCCCAUCACUAACAUCCCGAAUGCUGUCAUGAAUUUCUUUCUAGUCAAUAAGGACAGUGCGAAGGAUGAUAUUGAAAGUAACCUUUCGAUAGAUACCUCUCCCACAGAUACCAAUAUAGAGAGGAUCUACAGGAUUUUCUUAGUAGCAUGGUUCCUACAUGCGAUAUUUGGGGCAAUUACACUGUUUAUGAACUACCAAGACCAUGAAGCCAACUCCAAGGCGUAUAAAUACAUCUUUAUUAUGACAUUCAAGUGGUUUUUGUCUGGUUUCUUAACACUCUUCUUCCUCAUGUUCAUUGCGCUAUUCUUCAGAGUAUGCCUAGGCGUGAAGAGUUUUGGAGAAUACAUUGGUGUAAUCUACAUGCUAUUCUCGCUAGUCUCAUCAUUCAUAAUUUUCUUAGCCAUUCCUUUAGGAAUCAGGGCUAUAUACAUAUCGCCAUCUUUGGACUUAAUGAGUUUAUUGUUUAUCCAAGUAGAGAUAAUCCUGGACACAUUAAUUAUCGCAGUAGUGAUCUACAACAUGAUUUUCUCAAAUUCUCGCCAAAGAGAAAGCAACUUCUAUUCGAACGAAGACGAAGAGAAAGGCAUUAAGGAUGUCCUCAGCGGGGACAAUCUUGAGAAACUCCAAAAAGAAAUCCUCAUGGCUUAUGAAAAUAAUGAAAUUCUUAAUGUUCAGAGUGAUAGAUCCCGUGAAAACGAGCAGUCUCCUGAACGCACCUUUACAGAGAGUAGUGACCGCAGAAAGAAGGAUCAAGACGACAGAAACAGUUUGUACCCGAUUUCAGAAAUUGAAGGUGAAAAGAGCGUUGCAGGUGAUUUCAAUGCCUCUCUUCGUAACGAGUUCUUAAGGAAACAAAGUAGGCAAGAGAAGCAAGAAGGCAGAAGAACGAAGGAGCCUAAUUACCUUGACAUGAACGAUAUCAUGAAUUUGAGUAAAUAAUCAUAGCGAGAAUUUACCCAACCGGAUUGGGUUCUCAAAGAGCAUUUCGAAUCAUUUGAAGAUAGACCCACAAGGCAAGCAGAUGAGUUUAAUGGAAAAUAUACAGAAAUCUAAGAUCCAAGAAAAAGAGGAAGAAGAUGAACGUUCAGAGAGUAUCAACCUUGAUUACGAAUCUGCUAAGGCAAACAGUGACCGUUUCCAGAAGAAAGCCCAACUUGAAGAAUAA